UCCCCCUCAGGAAGGUUUAAGGGCCGAAACGUCAGGACUGCCAUUUCUUCUGUUCUAGGAGGCACCAUGAAUGAAGUUUCAGUUCUCCGCCUCCCAGUGGAAAAAGCAGUGGAUGAAGUUAUUCAUGGUCUGGAAGGAGUAGCUUUGAAACAUAGUGACAGCCGUCUUCCAUUCCAGAUAUUUCCAGAUCCCUGUGAAGAGGAAGAAGUCCCAGUGAAGAUGAGGGGACGACUGCCUUCCAUUGUUGUAGAACCAACGGACAUAAUUGAUGUUGAAAGUGGAGAGUUACGAUGGCCACCAGAUUCUCUCCGUAAGGAGAAAGAAGAGGCCAUGUUGGAAGAAGAGGAGGCUGAGGGAGAGGAACUAGAAGAGCAAAAAGAUAAGUCCAUGAAACAAUCAAAAGAAUCUGAAGAAACAACAUCUGAACAAGACUGAUCAACCUAGCAGGAAUUGUCUGACACCGACAUAGAGAACCUAAGUGAUGUAUCGAAUAUAUAUUGUGGGACAUAAUUAAAGAAGUCUGGUACAUGAAAUUAUUUUAAUGACAGAAACACAUCAAAUUACACAGUGAGGAAUAAUACAAACUAAUGUAUAAGAUUGUCAUCUGAAAGAAAAAAAAAAAGAUUCCUGAUCUGAGCUAUGUUUUCUAUAUUUAAAGAGGUAUAACAUCUUUCCCGGAUAAGGCAAUUGUCCUAUUCUCCCUGUUUGUGGCUGAGGAUGAACGACAACAGAAGAAAAUGUACUGCACAGAGGAACUCACAGUUAAAUACAUGGGCUACACACAUCCUCAUAGGCAUAAUAAUGAUUCUAUCUACUUUCUUUUGGGUUGUGGAAGACCAUACCCUUAAACGUUUGUUUUCUUUUCUGGUUAUGUCUUAUUUCUUAAUUCCACUAGUCAACCUCUAGAAUGGAUGGUGGUCACAGUUUCUAAUAGAUUAAUAGAAUGCUAGUAAUCCAUUUAUGCAAUUGUGUGAUUUAUAUUGAUUUUAGCCCCAUUACAAUUAUGUUUUUAAUUUGUACCAGAGUGAAGACUCGGCCUGUGGGGUAUCUGCGCAUUGUGUAUAACUUUGCAAACCACAGAACCCAUUGCCUGUUCAUAGCGAAGUUAACAUAACAAUUCUUUUUUGUAAUUUACAGCAGAUUUAUUACAGAACACAAACAAUAUGUAUAGUAUGUAUAGAAUUAUCAUUUUUCACUGUUCUAAACUUGUACAGACUAUAUUUUAUUUUUAAAAGAAAGUACAAUUAUUGUAAUUGACUUAACAUAUACAUAUAUAUAUUAGUAAUACUUCAGAAUUUUAAAGGAUUUUGCAAUGACACCAUUUUUAAAAGUAUCUGGAGAGGUCAUAUAAUCAAGUUAAAAAAAUAUUAAAGAAUAGGUAGAUUUAGGAAGUGUUUAUUGGUAAUUUUUCAUCUAUUGUACUGCUUACAUAUCAUACAAAACAUUGUAAAACUGCAUACUUUAAGCCAAGAUAAAGUGGAACAGGCAAUAUAUAGAAUAUGUGGGUGAUGUAUAAAUAAAACAAAUAUUUAAUUAUGUCUAUAUGC